CGCGCGCGCGCGGCGCAGGACCAGAUCGGCAGCGCCGUGCGCCCGAGAGCCGAUCGAAUUGCUCGGGCACGCGUCGAUUUCGCGCGUUUCGCUCGUACGCCACAUUGGCGGCGCCGACUGCGCUUUGGAAUCCGUUCGCCCGGACUUUCCCGCCGCCGGAGAGCUAGCUUUUAACGGUCGGCGCGCGUGGCCACGUCGACGGCGCACGCCGCUCGUAAAACACCAUUUCAUUGCCUCCGAUGGCCGCAGCGGCAGCGGAGCCGCGUCGUCGCGAUCGCCGACCCGCAGCUCGAGUGUCCACGCAGCAUCCCGAGUCCCGCUGUGACUCUGGCGACGGGCGCGAACGGGCAAACGCGUACGACUAUGCGGAGCUUCGUCGCUUCACUUUCGCUGACGAGCCGCGAAAAUGAGCUCUCUGGUGCGGCGCACGUGGGAACGAAUGACUUUCGACGAGCGGUCGCCGAUGGCUUACGAGCGAGCGAGAUCUCGAUUUCUCGCCAAAUUGACGUGCCUCCGUUUCUUUCUCCCGUUCGCGAACGUCGAGUCGUUCGGAGAGCGGCGGGGGCUCGAUCGCGAACGGCUAACGGAGCGCAAAAACUGUCGCUCGCUUCCGGGACGGCAAUUAAGAGUCGCUUGGCCGUGCCGCUGGAUGCGCCAAUUGAUUAAUGGGCGAAAACUGGCGGCGAGCGCGCCCAGCCGCGGCAUCGCGCCGGGAACACUCAGUGCCAGCGCGCAGAUGUUACCAUGAGCAGGCCCUCGGCGAUCGCGCGUCUGCUCGCGCUCGUGCUCUCGGCGUCGCUCGCAUCGUCGCGCGGGUGCGUCGCCCAACUGCCACAAGCAAGCCCGGUCCGCGCGCCCGCAGCCUCUGACCGCUUUUGUUUUCUGUCGAGCAGCUCGCACGACGCCCAUCACGAGGACUACAACUACACCGCGCUGCCCAAGAUGGUGCUGCCCGAGCACUACUCGAAAGAAAUAAGGCCGCCGACCGUAGGCAGAACGCCGGUCGUCGUGGAUCUCAACAUAUUCGUGGUCGACAUCAACUCGAUAAACGUCGAGGACAUGGAUUUCCGUGUCGAUAUGUUUAUUUAUCAAACUUGGACCGAGUCCCGUUUGAGAAUGCCACUCGAGAUCUUCGAGGACGACGAGGACUACGUCACCCUGCCGCCCGAAUUUUUCGAUUACCUCUGGCAACCCGACCCUUAUUUCCUGAACGCCAAAGUGUCAGAGAUCGCCACGCUCAACAGCAAGCACUCGUCGGUGACGCUCUACAGGAACAAGACGGUGCGCUACUCCGCGCGAAUGCACGCCAUCAUCGCCUGCCAGAUGGAGUUCCAGUUGUACCCGAUGGACAUCCAAGUCUGCCCGAUGCAAAUCGAGAGCUGUAAGGCUGCUCGCGAACCUUUCGGCGCCCGCUCUCGUCAUCCGAGUGCGCCAGCCAACGCUCCAACUGACUCAACGAGGCGAGAGAGGGACGCUGUUGAUCGAUCUCGAUUACGUGUAGCCACGGCGGUGAAAGAAAUCUCGUACGACAGCGUAAAGCUACGCUUGCAAUGGGGACCCGACGGCGUGAUGGUCAAUCCGGAAUUGAAACUGCUGCAGUACAAUCUGGAAAAUCCGUUGGAGAAGGACGAGUCUGUCAGCUUUAUUAAGGAGAAAAAUGGCAACUUCUCCCGGCUAAUCGUCUACUUCCAAUUCGAACGUCAAAUUGGCCAUCACUUGAUCCAGACUUUCGCACCGUCGACCUUAGUGGUGAUGUUGUCGUGGUUCAGCUUCUGGCUAGGCUUGGAUGCGAUCCCAGGUCGCGUGGCUCUGCUCGUCACGAGUAUGCUCACUCUCGUGACGAUGUUCACUGGCUUGAAGAGUGACAUACCACCGGUCGCCUAUGUGAAAGCACUGGACCUGUGGAUGGCUGGCUGUAUGGUGUUUGUAUUCUCAGCUCUAUUUGAGUUCGUAGUCGUCAAAGUCCUCUACCUCGAGUACCAAGAAGAGUGUGAAGCUGCAAACUCGUAUCGACGCAUGCCAGCGCGACUGUCAAUCGUUGACAGAAGUGUCUCCGUAUGGGACUGCGAGACAGUUUACUCAUUCAAGCCACGCAAUAAACGCGCCAGCAGUCGCAAUCUUCUACAGAAUAGUUGGUUCGAUCCUGAAAUUCUGCUGCGCAGGCCGAAGAAUCGAGCCAAGCAAAUUGAUAAAUACAGUCGGGUUGUCUUUCCGGCUCUCUUCUUUGUCUUUAUCUUGCUCUAUUGGCCGAUAUUACUGUUGAAUCAGACGGGAUGACGUCUCUUGACGUACAAGACUUUAU